GAAGCAAUGGACAAACUUUGUUUGCCUUAGAUAAGUGUUAGUUUUGCACUUAACUGGAGUUGAUUUUUUUCUACAGUGUACCGGGAAGAAAAUGAACAGGCCUAUUAUGUCUGUGAGAAACCUGCUGCUGCUGGCGUUGGUCAUCAACUGUUUUGCGCUAUUCUUCAUUUCAACCCACACCCAGGUGCCGUGUGACGUUAGUGACUCGAGCGACAGUCACAAGGUGUUCCGGCAGCGGCGCGAACACCUACAGGAGCGCUGCCGUGGGCUGAACUUGACAGAUAAGUUCACAACGAAGACUUGGGUAAAUUUCCUAACAGCUGAAGCACCGGGACCUCUGAAGGUGUGUCUGCCUCCCAAGGCUGGAUCAUCAUCAUGGUUCCAACUAAAUAAAAAGCUAAAAGUGAUAAGCCUGACUCAGUCCCACCCAGCCACUGCUAUCUUGGUUCGGCAUCCACUGUCUCGGCUAACAUCAGCAUAUCGAGACAAAUACCUAGAUGGUGCACCCAUAAGUGAAUACACUGAUGAAUGGAGAAACAGAACAGAUAGCCCAUCCAGCUGGAAUUACAACUGGUUUGAUUACUGGUUACCAACUCUUAUAGCUUCAGGGCACUUAAUUGUAUAUGAUAAGCUUCUUGAGCAAAUUAGUGAAUAUUUAGAAAUCUUCAAUUUCAUUGCCCAUAAUUCUGUCUACCAUGAUAAGAAGCUUGUAAUCACAAAAGAUCAUGAUUAUGAUGAAGUGGGUGUAUUUAUUGGCACUCAAAUGAUAAAUGCUGGUAGGCAGAUGGGCCUUCAGAAUGUCAUAAUGAACACUUACAGCGAAAGUGAGGAACAACUUAAAAGACGUUUUGGCACUUAUUCUUUCACCUUCAAGGAAUUUUUGGAGUUUGUAAUUUGGUCAGAUAAACUAGGUAUUACAGAUAUACACUGGACACCCUAUACAGAGUUAUGUGCCCCUUGCCUCUUAGAUUACCAAUACAUCCUUCACUUAGAGACAAUUGACACAGAAUCAAAGGUCCUUUUACAAGAUGUAGGGUACCCCAAAGACAUAAAGCUUACCACAAAACACAAAACAAAGGGACUGACAAAAUCACUUCACAAAGAUGACCUUCAGUACUAUAAACAUGUGCCCAAAAAUCUGAUGGACAAAAUUCUCAAACUGUAUGAAUCUGACUUUCAGCUUUUUGGGUAUAGUAAAAACUUCUUAAAUGUAUAACUGUUAGAAAACAAUAAAUCAAUUUCACUACAAAAGAUAACAUUUUAUAUUUGGUACUUUCACAGAA